AUGUUUUCGUUUCCCAGUACCCAGGACACGGACGAUGCGAGUCAAGUUUCGUCACCAGUUACGACGCAAUAUUCGUACCAUCCGUCACAAGUCCAAAGCGAGUCGCAGGAAAAAGUUGAGAAUGAAUUCAUUACUGCGGAGAUACGCAAGGUUUUCGUGAAAAAGGUGUACGCAAUUUUAACGAUUCAACUGCUGGUGGUUUUGGGCUUCAUUAUGUUCUUUUCCUUCCACCAGCCCACGAAGCGAUGGAUACAAAACAAUACUUACAUUCUAUACAUAUCCCUGGCCGUGGCGUUCGUGAGUAUCGUCCUCUUGGCGUUCUUCAUGGACUUUCGACGCAAGGCGCCAUGGAACUAUGUGUUGCUUGGCGCCUACACUGUGGCAGAGGGAGUUAUUCUGGGCAUGUUGGCUAGUUGCUAUGCGCGCAAUGCGGUGUUGACCGCAGUCGCCAUUACAGCAAUCAUAACUCUAGCUUUAACGGUAUUUGCGCUAAAAUCCAAACAUGACUUCACCACGUGGGGAGGAUUCUUGAUAUGCUUCUCAAUACCCCUCUUAAUUCUUGGAAUCAUCUGCAUAUUCAUCCGCAACAACAUCAUAGACUACGUAUACUCCGCGGUCACAUGCAUCAUGUUCUGCAUGUACCUCGUCUACGACACGCAACUCAUGUUAAUGGGCAAGCAUAAGUACACUGUAGGGCCGGAUGACUAUGUGUUCGCGACGCUGAACUUGUAUGUUGAUAUUGUUAAUAUUUUCAUGAUAGUGUUGGACUUGUUGUUUAAAUCGAAGAAGUAGUGACUGAUUAGGUUGGUUAUGCUGCUUCGGUGUGU